GGAAGCGCAGCGCUUCCUCCUUCUUCCUGCUCUCCAAUGUUCGUCGUCCUUCUCCUCCUCCGGCUCCAUUUCGACGGGAUUUUUCAUCCUCCUAACCGCCCCGGAUCAGGACACGACCGCGUCUAAGGUGGGGAAAAAAAUGUCCGGAGAAAGGCAGAGGUCGGAUGACGAGAGUCCCAGCACCAGCAGCGGCAGUUCAGACGCCGAUCAGAGAGAUCCUCCGGUAGCAGAGCCCGAGGAGCAGGAAGAGAGGAAGCAGCCCACACCACCACAGCAGCAGCAGAAGAAAGCAUCCAAGCAGUCCAGUAAAACCCCGGCCAAGCUGUCCUCCAGCGCCAAAAGAAUCCAGAAGGAGCUGGCUGAGAUCACUCUGGAUCCUCCACCCAACUGCAGUGCGGGACCCAAAGGAGAUAACAUCUACGAGUGGAGGUCCACCAUCCUGGGUCCUCCCGGCUCCGUCUACGAGGGUGGCGUGUUCUUCCUGGACAUCACCUUCUCCUCAGACUACCCUUUCAAGCCUCCAAAGGUGACGUUCCGUACACGGAUCUACCACUGCAACAUUAACAGUCAGGGAGUGAUCUGUCUGGACAUCCUGAAGGACAACUGGAGUCCAGCGCUCACCAUAUCCAAGGUCCUGCUGUCCAUCUGCUCACUGCUGACGGAUUGUAACCCUGCGGACCCUCUGGUGGGAAGCAUAGCCACUCAGUAUCUGACCAACAGAGCGGAACAUGACAGGAUAGCUCGACAGUGGACCACGAGAUACGCCACAUAGAUGCUGGCAGCCUUCCUCCUGUCCUCAAACCCCCAUUCUGCCCACCCAAAUGCCCCCCCACCACCCUUUGCCCCACCCCCACCCCGACACACCCCGUCAGACCCCUCUAAAUCUCCUGCAGGAGCAGAUCCUGGAGAGACAACUUAACGACGUGCAGCGAAUCUUUAUAGCCUUUACAAUACGGACUUGUGUAUAUAUGUCCCCCUGAACCUGCCUUGUUUUCUUUCACCCAACACAGACUGGGGAAACAGAUGAGAUCCCGCCAAGCUAAACGCUAACGGUGUAGUUUAUUUUCAUUUUUUUUGUUUUUUUUUUUUCUUUGUAGCUGUAGAUUUUAGUUCUGUUUAAAUGCCUAUUGCAAGUCUUGCUUCUUUGGGAUAUAAAAAAAAAAAAAAAAAUGUAUUUUGUGAUGUAUUAAGGAUACUGUUCCUAAAAGGUCAACCAAAUAUUAUGGUUCAUUUAGUCUAAACCAUUAUCUGUAUGAUGUUAUUAAAAAAAAAAAAAAGUGGAAAAGCAUCUAGGUGUAGAAUAUUAAAGACGAUGUGAUUUCUCGGAGCCCCCGGAGCCGUUUCCCGUUCUGUGAUGACCCGAUGUUGUGAAUCUGUUCUACCUUUGUCACUUUGUAAUGAAGAGAAGCUCAUUGACCGUUUUGUAGCUCGGCUAAAAUGAGCCCACCGAUGUAAUAUCUCCUCAUACAUAAUAAAAAAAUAUAUAACCUGUC